AUGGCAGAGCAAGACUCUGACGCCGUUGGAGAGGAGCGCCCGACGGCGGCGGGACAGGAGCCCUCGGCGGCAGACCGGAGCUGCGAAGAAAUGGGCUGCGGAGACUUGGCGGACCCGCUCGUGUACGUGCUUCGGUGCUCGCACUGCGAGACGGAGCUGACGCGCCGCGGCAUGCGCGUGUGGCUCUGCGCCGACAGCACGACACGCCUCUUCUCGACAGACAUUCCGACUGAGGCGCUCGUCGAGGAGGCGUGCGCAAAGUCGGCGCCGCUGUGCCACUGUCGCAUACGGGACGUGAGCUGCUCCAGCUGCCGAGGCCGCGCAGGAUCCUUCCGCGCAGGCGAGUGUGCGCCAGAGCCGCUCACGCCUGCUGUUCCGGCCCUGCUAGGCACAGUCGGCUACCACGUCAUCGCGGCCUGCUUUGCGUGCGACGAUGGCGGCGAGGGCGGCGGCAACAACGGGCACUACUGGCUCCUCCACGGCGAGGGUGUGGCUGCGGCGCCGAGGGAGAGGCGUGGCCGACGGCUGCUGUGGAGUGAGUUGCCUUACAACGGCGUGGAGGAGGGCGAGGAGGGCGGCGAGGAGGGCGGCGAGGAGGGCGGGAGGGGGUUGGCCGCCACGCUCUGCAGCAUCUGCGCUUCUCCGAUGCGGCAGCGCACGCGGACCCCCUGCGGACACGAGUUUUGCUACGGCUGCAUCUCUCGAGAGGCGCGCUGCCCGCUCCCGGCCCCGCGCCUCGCCUCGGAGGCCUCUCGCGCGGGAGGAGCUCGCGUGUCGGGUCGGCGCAGGGGGUUGGGUCUCGGUGACGUCUAA